AUGGCAAGGAAAACAAGCAAGAGGACUGUCUUUAUCAGGUGUCUCAUCAGGGAAGUUGCAGGGUUUGCUCCCUAUGAGAAGAGGAUCGCUGAGCUUUUGAAGGUCGGUAAGGACAAGCGAGCUCUCAAAGUUGCCAAGAGAAAGUUGGGAACUCACAAGAGAGCCAAGAGGAAGAGAGAGGAGAUGUCUGGUUUGAGAGAAUAG